UUGUAAUGAGAUACUGGUAGCAAGUGUUGCAUCAGGCUCUCUCUUGAGUUACGCACGACAGAGCAGUUUGCAACAGGACUGAAGAAAACCAAACCUUGCGAAUCAUUUGGAGGGGUCUGGCUCGUCGUCAACACCACUAGUUCGUUGGAUUUAACAGUUCAUGGCAGUUACGGACUCUACCUGCGAUUUAACUCAGCCCAAAAUGAGGGGACUCGUAGCAUUUCUCACGGCAUUCAUCAAAGAAAGGAAAAUGGGCUUGAACGACUUUAUUCAGAGACUGGUAUCGAGCCCGCACAUGUGUCAACAUUCUGAUGUUCGAGUAUUUUUAAAAAUCGACGAAAACCAGAAUGAGGAAGCAGAAGACCAGAGUAGUUCUGCUGUAUGUCUUGGUUCUCAGAGAAGCUCACUAGCUGAGGAGACCCAAGUUAAGCCAUCUGACUUCGACUACCUUAAAGUAAUUGGAAAAGGCAGCUUUGGAAAGGUUCUGCUGGUCAGGCACAAGGAGAACUCAAAGUACUACGCGGUGAAGGUCCUGCAGAAGACAAUGAUCCUGAAAAAGAAAGAGCAAAAGCACAUCAUGGCUGAGCGGAGCGUCCUGCUCAAGAACCUGAAGCACCCCUUCCUGGUGGGGCUGCAUUUCUCCUUCCAGACCACAGACAAGCUGUACUUCGUGCUGGACUACGUGAACGGGGGAGAGCUCUUCUACCACCUGCAGCGGGAUAGAGUGUUCCUGGAGCCCCGGGCCCGAUUCUACACAGCCGAGAUCGCCAGCGCCUUGGGCUACCUGCAUUCCCUGCACAUCGUCUACAGAGAUCUCAAGCCAGAAAACAUCCUGCUGGACUCUCAAGGCCACAUCGUGCUGACCGACUUUGGGCUGUGCAAAGAGGGGGUCGACCCCAACAGCACCACGUCCACGUUCUGUGGGACCCCCGAGUAUCUAGCCCCUGAAGUACUGCAGAAGCAAGCCUACGACCGGACAGUGGACUGGUGGUGCUUGGGCUCAGUGCUUUACGAGAUGAUGUAUGGACUACCUCCCUUCUACAGCCGGAACACAGCGGAGAUGUACAAUAACAUCCUGCACAAGGCUCUGGUGCUCAAACCCAACGUGUCCAACGCCGGGUGCCAGCUGCUCCAGGGGCUGCUGCAGAAGGACCGCAAACAAAGGCUGGGGGCCAAGGAGGACUUCCUGGAACUCAAGUCUCACGCCUUCUUUUCCCCGAUAAACUGGGAUGACCUCACAGCAAAGAAAAUCAUCCCUCCUUUUGUCCCCUCCUUGGCAGGCCCCGUUGAUCUCCAGUACUUUGACACCGAGUUCACCCAGCUGCCCAUCACCAACUCCCUGCAGAACUCGGACAGCGUCCUGGUGACCAGCAGUGUCCGAGAGGCGGCCGGAGCCUUCCCCGGCUUCUCAUACGGGCCACCCGCUGACGACGCCUUCCUCUAGCCUCGACGUGAGCCUCUCUUUCGCCGGCCGACCUCCCUCCCUCACCGCACAAGAGCACUGACCACUGAACCCUAAGGGACGGUCGCGUGCAUCCCAAACCAAGAGCACCGCUCCCGAUCUGUGCAAGACGAAGGGUGAAACCUGCUGCCAGAACAGCGUGGAGGGACACGCUGCAAACAAGAUCAGCUGAGAAUCUACUAAAAUAGGUUAGCAGGCGUUGUUUAGCCUGUAUACCCUUCGGAUAUGUGAGUGUGCAGAGUGGUUACUGGUGCUGCCAGCGUCUUGUUAAAAAAAGCAGACAGACAUUUAAACCAUCCAGCAUCUUAGCUGCUUUUGACCCCUGGAGGACAACUGAUAGGAAUGCCAUCUCCCCCUGUCUUAGGGGCUGAAGGAUAAGGGCAUUAGCUAUUGGGAGUAGUGGGGGUUAUUUAUGUAGAUUUAUAUCUGUUAGAGCAAUCAUUUAUAUAUAAAGAUAUAUUUUUAUACAAUGUACUGUAUCACAUUUUGACUGACCCAAUCUAACCGAAGUAUUUCUGUAUGGUGCACUGAUCCCUUAGUGUCUAGAGGGGGUUGUGAACUAUGAUCCUAUAGUAUAGUACCCCUCCUUUUCUUCAUAGAAACUUGUGUAUCCAAUACACUACAUGUUUUAAAAGUAUAGUCUGCACUGCUUGCAUUUUACUGUAGGCUAUGGGCCACACCAGUUGUUUGGGACAUAUCGUAAACUAAUUGCACAGAAAUGGUACAUGCUGGUUUGCUUUGUAGAGGCAAGAUACAUUAUAAUCACAAGGUUGAUAACUAGGCUGUCACCUAUCAUUAAUAGGUAUUGUGACCAGCUUUAUCGAUCAAGUGGUUUUAACUUUGGAGGAGGUCAUUGAUACAGGGGUCAGAUCUGAGGGUCUUCAUCAUUCUCAAUAAAGCACAGUGGAGAAUAUAUCCAUUGAGAGAGGAUCUUAGUUUCGGAUCAGGAAAGGAUAAUCUGAGCAGAGAGCUCGAAAAAAUAUCACAUUUCUGAAUAGGGAAGUUGUGUUAUCUGUCCAGCAAGUGGCGACAUAGGCCUUUUUAAAAAAAUACAAUACAACCAGGCUAUGGCGCUCUGCAAGUCCUGAAUGGAAUAUUACAUUCUGCAUGGGCUGUAUUGUUUACAGCUCAGCAUUUAUGACAAAUGGUGGUCUUGACUAAAGAAGCUUGGAACUGAGACAGUGAUAUAAAUAGCAGGAUUCAGUGAUCAUACUGUCCUUCCAUGUACCUUCCACCAGCACUUAGCUACAGACACAGUCCACUGCCUGAUACUGUAUAACACUGUUUAUUUAUUGACUUGGAUUUUCAAGCAGAUGGGAUUGACUCCAAUCUGAGUUUACAUGGAGAUCGCUUACUCUUGCUGUGGGGAAUUCAUGUAGAAUUUAUCAGGAUACCCAACUGCAAGUGUUUUGAGAUGGGUUGAUUGAGUCAUUGUAUUUAUAUAGUUAUGCAUCAUGUAAAUAUGAAAGAUAUAUAAUGUAUGAUGACGAUCUCUUUUGUAAAAGAUGUUAAAAUCAUGUGAAAUGAAAAAGGUUCAAGCCUGUUGAUUGGUUUGAUUUUCUUACUGUAUGUUUUUUUAUUUUUUUUCUGGGGUCUGCAUCACCGUUGGUUUUCGUUUUCCCUGCCACUUCCAUGCAUUCUUGUCUUCUAUAAAGAAUGCUGCUUGACAUUGCAGUCGCUGUCUAUAGUUCAUUGCAGACUAAGGGCCUGAUUCAAUUAACUUGACGACCCAAACAGAAAAAUGAUUGACACAUACGAUUUUAAUCUUGGUGCAUUAUUCCACAACAUUGCCAGCAAUGGCAACCCUAUGGAUUUGGAACAAUGCACAGUAGUCCUGAUACAGAAGCACAUUACCUGCUGGUGAUAUGGUACCAUGGUAGUGCAAUACAUUACCCCAAAUCCAGAUAUUACAGUGAUUUUAACGUGGACUAUUCUACCAAGCCUCUUCCAGCCUCUAUCUUGGGCUGUACAUUUUAAUUGAAUAGUUCCUUCUGAAGAACUGCAGCCAUAAACCCAGGCAUUCUGGAACAAAAUCCACAAUAAACCCAGGCAUUCUAGAACAAAAUCCACACCAGCACUGAAGACCAGAAUAGAACCACUGAGUUACCAAAUAAACCCCCUGUAUACUUCCUAUUUGUUUACUCUCUGCCUGUUUACCCAAAUUAUACAUUAUAUUAACCAGGCAGUAAUUAUCAGUCAUUUUUUAUUGUAGAUAUAACCAACGCUUAUUUCAUUUCAUUAACCUAAACUGGCCCCAACCCUGAAUAUAAUCAAUACUAAUCACUCACUAAAUCGUAUUAAUUACUGCCUGGUUAAUAUAUACCGAAUGUAACUGUUUUACUAUAGAAUCGGAAGAUAUAUUUCCCCAUUUUUAGUGGCAUACAUACAUUCCAUCUUAAACCCAUAGAUGUAGGGCUAGUAUUUAGCCUCAGUAAUUCAUGGCUUUUGAAUUCUGGCAAUUGGUUAAAAUGUAUAAAUAUUUAAGACCUGAGCCUAGCCUUCAGGGUGGGUAAAGUCCAGCAUACAAGUGGGAAGACAUGAAACGGAACGGUUCUGUAAACCCAGAAGGAUGGAAAUGUGCUUGUUAUUGAAGCGUGCCCACUGUACCUGCUGAGACCGUUGCACAGCAAUGCUGUCGUGCUGCGAUCCCUCUGCGGGUACACGCUGACAAGAAGAAGAGCUUCACUGUUUUUACCUGAACUGAAACAACACGGUGCAGAUCUCUUAAACUCUCCACAAGAGCAGCAGUGACCAGCAUUCGUCGUUUUUCACGGCAAAGCUUCCACUAGAUAUUGCAACAAGCGAUACAGCUCAGGUGUGCUGUCAUUUCUUCCAUAUGUGGAAGACCUUAACUGUUCAUGUAUAUUUAUUUACAUUUGUUGUAAGCAUAAGGUAUUGUACUUUGAAACUCGUGGUUAGAGAAAGCCACAACUAGCAAAAAAAAAAAGAAAUAUUAAAUCAGGAUUAAAAUGUUCUGUAUCAAAACUAAUAAUAAUAAAUAAUUACGAUGGA